AAAUCAGCCCUUAAGCUGUGGUGUGUUUGGACUGUGAGCUCCAUGGACGCGCCUCUCAAGUCUGCUGAAUCCCAAAAAGAUCCCUGUUAAACACAUCCUGCACUACACAGGGUGUAGAAGCCAUUACUUCACGCCCUACGUAGUGCACCUACAAAGGGAAUAGGGACUCAUUUAACAUUGAGCCCACGUCAAACAGCCACAUCACCAACCCGGAAGUGAGCCAUUCACUCCAGAUUUGGUUUUACAACACCUGACCAACCAUGGCCCAGUUUGAGGAAGUGUCCAAGAAAUCUGCACUCCAUCCAAAACCGAAGGGGCUGACAUUGCAGUACGGUACGGCAGGGUUCCGCACCACUGCGAAUCAUUUGGACCAUGUGAUGUUCCGCAUGGGCCUGUUGGCCAUGCUGAGGUCCAAAAAAACCAAGUCCACCAUUGGAGUCAUGGUCACUGCCUCUCACAAUCCAGAGGAGGACAAUGGGGUGAAGCUGAUUGACCCAAUGGGGGAGAUGGUGACUCCAGCUUGGGAAGGCUAUGCCACUCAGCUGGCCAAUGCAGAACAGGAAGCUUUAUGCACUGUCCUGAAGGAUAUCAUUGAGAAAGAAGCCAUUGACAUGAGUGAGGCAGCGAGUGUUGUCACUGGCCGUGACACCAGGCCAAGCAGUGAGAAUCUGUCACGGGCCGUGUUGGAUGGAGUUUCCUGUUUAGAAGGCCAUAGUCUAGACUUUGGCUUGGUGACCACACCUCAGCUGCAUUAUAUGGUCCUAUGUAGCAACACCAAUGGUUGCUAUGGAACUGCUACAACACAAGGAUAUUAUGAGAAACUCUCCAAGGCUUUCAUUGAGCUCACUAAGAAUGCCCCGAAACGCACUGAUGACCAGAAGAGGCUGCUGGUGGAUGGGGCCAAUGGGAUCGGAGCAUUGAAGAUGCGAGAAAUGGAGGCAUUUCUCAAGUCUGAGCUGCAGGUGGAGCUCUUUAAUGAUGGCAGCAGUGGCAGACUUAACUAUCUGUGUGGAGCCGACUAUGUGAAAGUGCAGCAGAAACCUCCACAAGGUAUGCAUAUGGGGCCGGUUCAGCGCUGCUGCUCCUUCGAUGGUGAUGCAGAUCGUAUUGUUUACUAUUAUAAUGACUCUGCUGGACGUUUCCAUCUUUUGGACGGAGAUAAAAUAGCUACUCUGAUUAGCACAUACCUCAAGGAGCUUUUGACACAGGCAGGGCUGAACCUGCAGGUCGCUGUGGUUCAAACAGCAUAUGCCAAUGGAAGCUCUACACAGUACCUUGAAAAUGUCAUGAAGGUUACAGUGUGCUGUACGAAGACAGGAGUGAAGCAUCUACAUCACGCAGCUCAGGAAUUUGACAUUGGAGUUUACUUUGAAGCCAAUGGCCAUGGAACUGUUCUGUUCAGUAAAAAAGCAGAGGAGAAGAUCCAGCAGCUAGCCAAAGACCCGAAUGCGAGUGAUGAGAAGAAACUCACAGCAAAGCUUCUGGAGAACACUGUGAACCUUAUCAACCAGGCUACAGGUGAUGCCAUUUCAGAUAUGCUGCUAAUUGAAGCAGUGCUGGCUAUCAGAGGGAUGACUGUUCAGGAAUGGGAUGCUAUUUACACAGACCUGCCCAAUCGCCAGCUCAAAGUCAAGGUAGCAGACAGGCGUGUGAUAGACACAACGGAUGCAGAGCGUCGGGCAGUAACACCAGCAGGAUUACAAGACUCUAUAGACGCUCUGGUCCAGAAGUACAAACAAGCCCGGGCCUUUGUUAGACCCUCUGGCACUGAGGAUGUGGUUAGAGUGUAUGCUGAAGCUGACACCCAGGAAAAUGUAGAUGGCUUGGCACAUCAAGUAAGUUUGGCUGUAUAUCGACUAGCUGGAGGAGUUGGAGAGGAGCCAAAGCCUUUAAAGUGAUGCCGAGAGUAAACACUACAUUUUAGAUCAUUCAGAUUAUUUCUGAUUUGAUGCUGCACUUCUUGGUUGCACUUUGACUUUGGACAGUGCUUAUAUAAACUGUGAAAAGUUGUUUUUGAUACUAUCAUGUAAAAAUUGUUCAUUUUAGCAAAAAUAAUCAUGAAAGGAUGAAAACAGUAAUAAAAGAAUGUGAUCUCAUAA